AGUACGCGUCUGCGCAGUCUGUGGUGGCGUCGUAACGCCCCGGGGAAGGGGAAGCGGACGGGGACCUGGACUUGCUGCAUCUGACUUUCUGCUGUACUACUAGCAGGAUUGGGUCACUGGUUCUUCCCCUUUUGUCUGUUGCACGCAUCCCGCCCUCCCCAUUUGUUUUCCCACUCCUUGGAUCCAGCCCAGUGGGCAUUCACGUCAGUUCUCUCACCCCGCCGUGAGCCCCCUCUUGGUCCCCGGGAGGGCCUGGCACGGAGGCGGUAACUAUGGAGAAUAUGGCGGAGGAGGAGCUGCUACCCCUGGAGAAGGAGGAGGUGGAGGUGGCCCAGGUCCAGGUCCCGACCCCGGCCCCGGACUCGGCUCGGGUCCCAGCUCCGGCCCCGGAUUCGGCUCUGGACUCGGCUCCGACUCCGGCCUCGGCUCCAGCCCCAGCCCCUGCCCUGGCCCAGGCUCCGGCCCUGUCCCCGUCCCUAGCCUCUGCCCCUGAGGAGGCUGAAAGCAAGAGACACUUCUCAAUCCAAAGGCAGCUUGCCGAUCUAGAGAAAUUAGCUUUUGUAACUGAAGGGGAUUUUAAAUCUGCCAGUUCAUCAAACUCAGAUAAUCUUGAUGCAGGAAACAAGCAGAUGUGUCCUUUGUGCCCCAUGGAAAAAUUCAGAGCUUGUAAUAGCCAUAAGCUUCGUCGUCACCUUCAGAAUUUACACUGGAAAGUCUCAGUUGAAUUUGAAGGUUACAGGAUGUGCAUUUGUCACUUACCUUGUCGACCAGUGAAACCAAACAUUAUUGGAGAACAGAUAUCCAGUAAAAUGGGUGGACAUUAUCACUGUAUCAUUUGUUCAGCAACAAUCACCAGAAGGACUGAUAUGCUAGGACACGUUAGGCGCCAUGUGAAUAAAGGAGAGACUAAAUCCAGGUAUACUGUUGAUCUCAGACUGUUACUUCCUUCUAGGCAGCUAAUAUUCUGCACACUGGCUGCUUUGGCUGAGGAAAGAAAACCUCUGGAAUGUCUAGAUGCCUUUGGAGCCACUGGGAUAAUGGGAUUACAGUGGGCAAAACAUCUUGGAAAUGCAGUCAAAGUUACAAUCAAUGACUUGAAUGAAAACUCAGUGACAUUGAUUCAGGAAAACUGCCAUUUAAACAAGUUAAAAGUGGUGGUGGACAGUAAAGAAAAGGAAAAGAAUGAUGAUAUUCUCAAAGAAGGAGAGGAAAACCUGGGUAACGUUAAGGUGACCAAGAUGGAUGCCAACGUGCUCAUGCAUCUGAGAUCUUUUGAUUUCAUACAUUUAGACCCUUUUGGAACAUCAGUGAACUAUCUAGAUUCUGCAUUCAGAAAUAUAAGAAACCUUGGCAUAGUGUCAGUGACUUCUACAGAUAUCAGUUCUUUAUAUGCCAAGGCACAACAUGUUGCCCGGCGUCACUACGGGUGUAACAUAGUUCGAACGGAAUAUUACAAGGAACUAGCAGCCAGAAUUGUUGUAGCUGCAGUGGCAAGAGCUGCAGCACGAUGCAACAAAGGUAUAGAAGUACUAUUUGCCGUGGCUCUGGAACAUUUUGUGUUGGUGGUUGUCAGAGUUUUGAGAGGACCUACUUCAGCAGAUGAAACAGCCAAGAAGAUUCAGUACCUGAUCCAUUGUCAGUGGUGUGAAGAGAGAAUUUUUCAGAAGGAUGGUAAUAUGGUAGAAGAAAACCCAUAUAGACAGCUGCCCUGUAACUGUCAUGGAAGCAUGCCUGGAAAAACAGCAAUAGAACUUGGACCUCUGUGGUAUGUGCCUAAGAAAGAAAAUGGUGUAUUUAUUAAAACUACAGAUGAUACCACAACAGAUAAUUACAUUGCACAAGGAAAGAGAAAAACUAAUGAAAUGAUCACAACUUUAGCCAAGAAGCAAAAGACCGAUGUCAGUACUGAACAUCCACCCUUUUAUUAUAACAUCCACAGACACAGUAUUAAAGGGAUGAAUAUGCCAAAGUUAAAAAAGUUUUUGUGCUAUCUAUCUCAAGCAGGCUUUCGUGUAAGCCGAACUCAUUUUGACCCAAUGGGUGUUCGUACAGAUGCACCCCUGAUGCAGUUUAAAUCUAUCCUUUUAAAGUACAGUACGCCCACCUACACUGGAGGUCAGUCAGAGGGCCACGUCCAGUCAGCUCCUGAAGAUACAGUGGCUGACAGGGUGGAAAUGUCCGUGAACGACAAAGCAGAAGCAAGUGGCUGCAGAAGGUGGUAAACGUACAGAACAGUCUGUUCUCAGGUGUCUGCACAGAUGGCCUAAUCAUUCUCUGUACCAACGGAAGUUCUUUUUCUAUUCUUCCCAUUCAGUGGUGUAAAAAUAAAAAACAGUAUUGUUUUCAUUCA